AUGGCGCCCGCUACCAAGAAAGCUCCCCAGGAUGAUUUUGUGCUGACGCUUUCUGAUAACGAAGAAGAUCUAUCAAAGGACUUCGAAGAAGAAAUACCCGCCUCUCCUCCUCUCUCAAACAAGAAGCGGAAACGCGCAUCUGAAUCAACUUCAACACCAAAAAAGAACAAGAAGUCAAAAAAAGGCAAUGCACAUGAUUCCGAUGGCGAGGUAGAGCCCAAUGAAGGAAUAUGGGGUGCGAAGGACGAGGACGAUGGAGCCAUGGACUCAGAUUUCGAAUUUGCUUUGGAGGGUGGUGAAGGACGCAUGGAAGAUUUUGAAGGCUGGGGUUUUGAGGGUGCAAAGAAAGGCCUCAAUGGUGUUUCUGGGGGCGACAAAAGGGCUGUGGACAUUGACGAUAUAAUUGCGAGAAGGAGGGAGAAGAAAAAUGGAGAAAAGGUUGUUGUUCCAGAAGCCAACGAGGAUACGACUGCUGGUGACAGUGACGAUCAAGAUGUAGAAGAUGUGGAAGCACUGGAACUCGAGAAUUCUGGGGACGAAUUCAUGGCUGAGGAUGGAUUCGGUAUGGGCGCUGGCUCUGCGGACGAGGAUUCUGAUGAUCAGCAAGACGUGCAGGACCCAGAGCUUUCAGGCGAGGACGGAGAAGAUGAUGGGUCCGACAACGAAUCUGUCGCAAGUGCUGUACCACACCCAGACGACGAAGUACCUGAAGCUUCGUCGGACGAGGAAGACAACGACGAAGAUCCGGAGGAAGCUGCUCGGCGAGAAGCAUUUUUUGCACCAGAAGAAAAGCCAGCCAAAGGUUCUAAGCAAACCACAAACUUGUCUUUUCAGACUAUGUCGUUAUCACGACCAAUUUUACGAGGCCUUGCUGCAGUUGGUUUCACGCAGCCAACCCCAAUUCAAGCGAAAACUAUACCGGUAGCUCUGUUGGGAAAAGAUGUGGUCGGUGGAGCCGUCACUGGAUCGGGAAAGACAGGUGCCUUCAUUGUGCCAGUUCUAGAACGGUUACUAUAUCGUCCCAAGAAGGUGCCAACCAGCAGAGUUGUUAUUCUUAUGCCGACACGUGAAUUGGCAAUUCAAUGUCAUGCUGUAGCGACAAAGCUUGCGAGUCACACUGACAUCAAGUUCUGUUUGGCAGUGGGCGGUUUGAGUCUUAAAGUUCAAGAAGCAGAGUUGAGGCUCCGGCCGGACGUUAUAAUCGCUACUCCCGGUAGAUUCAUUGAUCAUAUGCGUAAUUCGCCAAGUUUUACCGUCGAUACUUUGGAAAUUCUAGUCCUCGAUGAGGCUGAUCGAAUGUUGGAAGCUGGUUUCGCUGAUGAGCUGAACGAAAUCUUGACGACAAUUCCUAAGUCCCGCCAAACGAUGCUUUUCUCUGCUACAAUGACAUCUUCUGUUGAUAAUCUGAUUCGUGUUGGAUUAAAUCGACCUGUCAGGAUACUCGUUGACGCGCAGAAACAGACCGUGGGAACCCUGAUCCAAGAGUUCAUUCGUUUACGACCUGGCAGAGAGACUAAGCGAAUGGGCUAUCUGUUGUAUCUGUGCGCCAACGUAUAUACUGAUCGAGUCAUUGUCUUUUUCCGCCAGAAGAAGGAAGCGCACCGAGCACGUGUGAUAUUUGGUCUUUCUGGCCUCAAAGCUACUGAAUUACACGGUAGCAUGAGUCAAGAACAGCGUAUCAUAAGUGUAGAGGCUUUCAGAGAUGGCAAAGCUUCGUUCUUACUUGCCACCGAUCUCGCCUCGAGAGGUCUAGAUAUCAAAGGUGUCGAUACAGUCAUAAAUUAUGAAGCACCGCAGUCCCACGAAAUUUAUCUUCACAGAGUAGGAAGAACCGCUCGUGCUGGACGUCAAGGUCGUGCAUGUACAUUGGCUGCUGAGCCGGAUCGUAAAAUCGUCAAGGCAGCGGUUAAGAGUGGUCGGUCACAGGGUGCCAAGAUCGUAAGUCGAGUGAUCGAAGCAGCAGACGCGGAUACCUGGGCGGAGAAGGUUGAAGAGAUGCAAGAUGAGAUCGAAGAGAUUCUUAAAGAAGAAAAGGAAGACAAACAGCUUGCACAAGUCGAAAUGCAGGUUCGAAAGGGAGAAAAUAUGAUCAAUCACGAGGACGAAAUCAAAGGACGGCCCAAGCGGACCUGGUUUGAGAGUGAAGUUGAGAAGACGGCCGCUAAAAAGGCUGGUAGAGCAGAGUUGAAUGGGGUCGAAAGUAUAUUAAAGAAGAAACCAGGGAAGUUAAGUAACAAGGACAAGAAGAAGCUUGAUGAUAGGGAUGUGAGGAUGGAAGGAAAGGUUUGGAAGAAGGGGAGGGCAGAAAGGGACGGGAAAGGUGCGCUUGCGAAGGCAGAGAAGGGGAAGAAGAAGAUGAAGGGUGGGAAGCCUCCAGGAAAACCUACAAAAGGAAAGUUUGGAAAGAAGAGGUAG